ACCGGACGCUUGGGUCUCCAGGGCAACUCGCUUCUUCAGACCCGCAUAGUGCCCGUUGGUGCAAAGCUCGGAAAAUGACGAACGCUGUUCUGUGCGAAAUAGAUUGGGACAAUGGCUUCGCCAUACCUGUGGCAAACGUCGAAAACAAGGCUUUGGAGGAUGAAGUGCAAAAGAAGCAGAAAGAAAAAGCUAACUUUGAAAACCAGCUGACAAAUUUUGAGGAUCGCAUCCAGGCAAUGACAAUGCAUCUGCAGAAUGUUCGUAGGGAGUUAACCAAUACACAGUCUUUAAAAAGAGCCCGAGAAAAGGAACUUGAAACUGAACAGCAUUUCAAGACAAUUGCAGAACAUGAAAUGCAACGUCUCAAGCAAGAGAUUCAACGGCUUGAAAAUGAAUUAGUUUUAUUGAGAGAGAGAAGAAAUAUUAUGGAGAAUAAUAUAUAUAGGUAUUCUCAAAAAAUUGAGGAUUUGAAGUGUCAGUUGAACUGGGAUAAGCAAGCUUUGGAGGCCUGGCUGGAAGAGUCAACCAAAACAGAUGAAGAUACAAUUACCAUCCAGAAGUAUGCUAAAGAAGAUGAAGGAAAGAUCAGGGAAAUAACAGUACAAAUGGAGAGGAUGACAAAUGACGCAAAUAAAAAGCGGAAGCUGCUUGACAAUGAAAUGACUGAAACAAUUGCUGCUCAGAUGGAAUUAGACAAGAUAGCACACGAUUUUCGCAGAUCCCACAGUGAAAGGCAAGAACUAAUCAGACAAUGGCAGAACAUAAUUGAGCAGAUGAACAAAAGAGAUCAAGAUAUGGACAAGUGUGCAUUGUUACUGGCAGAAGUAAAACAGGAAAUACGAGAAAAAGAAGCAGCCAUGAAUGAGAAGAUACAGUUUCUUAAGAAUGAGACUGAAAACAACGAAGAAUUUGAAAAAAAAAUUUCCAUAAGUGAACGUCAAGCAGCUAAGCUUCGAUUAGAAUAUCAAGCGCAUGAAACGAACCGUAUUCAACUACAAAAUGAGCUUGACACCUUAAAAAGCAGAGUGGAUAGAACUGCAACUGAUCUGGAAACUGCCAGAAGUCAAAUAACAAAUUUGAAACGGGAGAGCGUAGAAAAGUCCAACAAACUAAUGAAAGUGAAAGAGGAAAGCAAAGCUCUUGAGGGCAAACUUAAAGCUGUGACUGAAAAAGUGGUGAGUUCUGAGGAACAGAUGGCUAGAAUGGAGAAGGAACUGAAAAAUGAAGAAAAAGUAGUAAAGGAAUUGGAUGAUCAAAUGAAGUAUCUAAAAGACAAGAAGUUUAAGAAGACUGAGGAGCUUUAUUCCAUUAAUGAGGAAGUCAAAACAGCUACAAACCAAACAUCAGGAAAUAAGGCAACACUCCGCAAUCUCAAUAGCAGAAUUGACAAACUUGACCAUGAAAGUAUUAAACAGCAGGAAGUCAUCUAUAGCCAGGAUUUUCAGAUCCAGCAGCUAGAACAAAGGCUGGCCAAGUUAGAAGGAAAUGUGAGUCAUAAUGAUAAAGAGGUUUUGGGAGAUAAGGUGGAAGAACUCGCAAAGACUUUAGAAGAGAAGAAGAGCACAGUGAACCUAUUGAAUUCACAACUUAAGAAACUCCAGAAUGAUAUUCAGCAUUUGAGGGGAUAUCUGGACAAGUGCAGAGAGGAGAAGAUUGAUCUGACCAGUAAAAUAGAAGACAUCCAUCUUCACAUUGAUAAUGGAGAAAAAGAAUUAAAAAAGAACAAACUUGCUGAACAAGAUUUAAUGGUUGAGGAUAACCUUCUUAAGUUAGAAGUUAAGCGCCUAUGGGACAUGCUUCACAGUAAAGCUGAUGAUGUGCUAUGUCUGGAGAAACGAAAGUUGCAGCUUGAGACAGCAAUGAAAGAAAGAACUGAAGAAAUUAAAAUUCACAUGGAUAUAUUGCAAAUGCAGAUCAAGCACAUUGAACAGGAUCUGCAAGGUAUUAGUGCCGAAUUACAUGAAAGGUUUUCAAAAAUUGACAAAAUGAAGAAGAGGUAUGAAAUUCUGAUAUUUACAAUGGAGCCUCCUGAGGGUGAAGAGGAACGAUCUCAGGCUUAUUAUGUAAUUAAGGCAGCUCAAGAGAAAGAGGAGCUUCAGAGGCAGGGGGAUGAGCUUGAUGCUAAAAUUUCCAAAGGUGAAAAAGAAUUAAGAGCCCUCGAGAAUACAUUGCAGCUCCUCCACAAUCAAAACACAUCAUACCGAAAAUCUUUCAGCAAGGUUACGGAAACAAGUGAAGAGUACGAGGAUAAAUUAAAGUUGGAAGAACAGAAACAGGCCAUUGAUGAAAAAUAUAGAUACAAACGCAGGCAGAUUCGAGAACUCCAGGAAGACAUUCAGUGUAUGACAAACACCUUAGAUACCUUGCUGAAGGAAGAAUCAACACUGCAGAUAGUUUCUCAAGAAAAACAAGAUAAAACUGUUCAUCUCAUAAAGGAACUGGAUGAUCAGAAAGUCAAACUGGAAAGGGUGACCAAACACUGCUCCAAAGUGGUUAAAGACAUACGUUCCACUAAACAAAGUGUUGGAGAAACUCCAGAGGAGCAAGACAUUGAUCUUCGUGAACUACGAGACUUUAACAGGUCAUUGAACAAGUUAUUAGCAGAAGCAAUGGAUGAUUGUCCAAGUUUGGCUGCAGAUCUUCAACUUUAUUUUAACCAGGCUGGCUUGCCGUUACCAACUGCUCCAACACCACCACGUAGUCAUCGUAGUUCAAAAUCACCAUCAGUUCACAGCUCUGCAUCAUCUGUGAGAUCUGUUUCAUCAUCUCGAAAUAGUACAAAUGGACAAACCAGUGUGACUCCUAUAAAUCUAGCUCUGGAUCUAACAGCAUCAUCGCCACCUACAUCAUCACGGGGAAGCCAGAAGAGCCAAUAAAAUUUUCAAAGCAACAAGUUAUGAUACACCAAGAUACUUGAUAAUUUAAAGAAAAAGAUUAAUGGAACAUAAAUUUUAGAACUGCAUAUUCAGAGUUCCACUACAAGAUAGGGAAAAUGAUAAAAAAAAAUUAGUGGGCAGUCUAAGUAGCAAUAUAUGUAAUAAUUUCAUAAAACUAAGAAUAAAUGCAACUUUAAACUGAUUUUGAGCUCCACUCAGGAUCAGUCAAGUCUUUUAUUUAAAGGGACGAAUUCAGUUGCUCCAAACUUUCUUAGAAUUGGAAACUGUAAACAAAUUAUAUAACCAGCAUAUUUGGGAAGAAAGUUUUCAAAUACCUAUAUAAUUGUACCCAUCUGUUUAUGGGCUGUGCUAAUUUGCAGUUAAGUACAGAAAUGUUUAUCUGUAACUCACCAAAAUACUGAGUUAUAUUUGUGGUAUAAAUUUGUUGAAAAUUCCAGUCCUGCUGAUCAGAGCAGUUAUUAAAUAUCAAGUGAUUCUAGCGCUGGAAAACUGAAAAUGACUGAUCUUUUCUUAAAUUCAGUUUACUGUCGUGACCAUAAGGUAGAUGAUCCAUAGAAACUGGAUGGAUUUCAAGAACAAAUCUGUCUAUACGAAAUUAGCUGAUCUGACAAAGAUGGUUUCUAUAGGGAAGGAGGGAGAGAGAGAGAGAUAACAUGGUUCCUUUCCUGAGCACUCUCCACUUACCCUUCUAUGUGGACUUCAGGUUAGGAUAGUAUUGUCAACUGCAGUGCAGCUGCUAGUCUAAUUAGAAUUAGAAUCAGAUUUAUUAUCACUGACAUAUGUCAUGAAAUUCAUUGUUUUGCAGCAGCAGUACAGUGCAAUACAAAAAUAGAAAGUAAGAAAUAUACUUAUAAAUAAAUAAUGCGAAACAAGAGCAGUAAAGUGAGGUAGUGUCUAUGGCAUAGAAAUCUGAUGAUAUGGGAAAGAAGCUGUUACUAAAACAUUGAGUGUGCUUCCGUGGGCUCCUGUACCUCAUCUUUGAUGGUAGGAAUGAGAAGAGGGCACAUCAUUUCUGCAUUUGCAGCAUGGCUCACCUUUGAUCUCUAAAAUGAAGUACCAACGAGUAAUUGGUACUGGGAGAAAUAUAUCUCAUUAGGUCUUUACCAAAGUGUUCAUAAAGAUGACUUGACCUGCACAGGCAUCUGUAACAAUGAAUUCCACAGUUUCAUCACCCUCUAGGUAAAGAAAUUCCUCCUCAUCCCUGUGCUAAAGGGACAUCCUUGUUUCCAAGACUGUGCCUCUGGCCUGAGACUUCCCCACUAUAGGAAACAUCCUCUCCACUCUAUCUAGGCUAAGCCUUUCAAUAUUCAAUAGGUUUCAAUGAGAUUCCCCCUCAUUCUUCUAAACUCUAGCAAGUGGAAGCCCAGGUCCAUCAAACACUCCUCAUAUGUUAACCCUUUCAUUCCUGGGAUCAUUCUCGUGAACCUCUGAAACCUCUACAAUGCUAGUGCAUCCUUUCUUAGCCCAAACUGCUCACAAUACUCCAAGAAUGCUCUGAGCAAUACCUUAUAAUAGCUUCAGCAUUACAUCCUUGUUUUUAUAUUCCAGGAAUCCCAAGACCCUUUGCAACUCUAGUUUUUGAAUUUUCUCCAUUUAGAAAAUAGUCUAUGCCUUUAUUCCUUCUACCAAAGUACAAUUUCCUAUACUAUAUUCAUCUGCCACUUCUACUUUGCCCAUUCUGUCUAAGUACUUCUGCAGGCUCCCUGCUUCCUCAACAUUACUUGCCCCUCCAUCUAUCUUUGUAUCUUUGCAAACUUGACCACAAAGUCAUCAAUUCCAUCAUCCAAAUCAUUGACAUAUAACUGUAAAGAGGGUUUCUUCUUUUUGUUAACUAGCAGGAAUGCUAAUUUACUGAUAACGAGAAUGGUAUUCCUUUGUAAACCAAAUGGGGAUUAAUGUUCUUUCUUCUGAGUCUGUAAGCUUUUGUUGAGGGGCUUUUGGGCAGAUCGGCACGAGGGGGUCGAGAGAUGGUCUAAGCUGGGCGAGGAUCGGACCCCAAAGGGGGGUCCGAGGCCGGGAGAUUCUCCAAGGAGGGGGGGGGGGGGAAUGAAGCUAGAUGUGCUUGGUUGACCACUUGGAGGGUCCUGAGCUGUUUGGAGAGUCGAGGAGUUCGGAGGGUCCUGAGCUGCGAGUCGAGGAGUUCGGAGGGGAUCGAAUGGUGGCCAGAAGACUUCAGAAAUUGAGCUCCAACGGCUGUGCACGAAGUGGUUUGGACUUUGAUAAGUUUGGCGCCUUUUCUUUAAUUUUCUCUUCAUAUAUACUGUAUCGUUAUUAAUCACUUAGUUAUAGUAACCUUUAUAAAUUGUACUCAUUUAAUCGCAUAUGGUGUACUGUCUGUUUUUGGGCGAGGCGGGGACAUCACACAGCAUCCACACCAGCUGAUUACCCAGUUUGGCGGGGCCGAAGGCUGCUCCCCCUAGACGAGAAUGAGCUGAGCGAGCCUGAGGCGA